UUUCUCCUCCAGUUCACUGCAGCCUCACUACCUUCCAUAUCAUUUGGAAGGACAUGAAUCAGACUGAUGCUCGAGCAGCUUGCAGAGAAAAUUACAUCGACCUCGUCACUGUGUACUCUGAUAAAGACAACACUGAACUGGAUUACGCGAUGAGUACAACCCCUAUGGGUCGGAUCAAUUAUGGGUUGAUCGGUCUCUAUCGUGGUCAGUUCAGUGAGAAAUGGUCUAAUGGUGAUCCUGUAACAUUCAGUAAUCUGGCAGGGGAUUGUGGGACAUCGAGCUGCUGUGCUGCUAUGAAGCCUGAUGGUUCAUGGGAAAGUCUUCAGUGCAACAUGACAAAAUAUUUCAUGUGCUAUGAGCAAGAUGCUUCUUCACAAACUCCUAAUUAUCAUCUAAUCCUUGAGAGUAAGACCUGGUAUGAAGCUCAGCGUUACUGCAGGGGGCGCUACACUGACCUGGUCAGCAUCAGAGAUCAGCAGCAAAAUGAAGAGGUGAAGAUUAAAGGGUUAAACAGCAGCACGUCCUUCUGGACCGGCCUGCUGCGUGAUGACUGGCAGUGGACUGAUGGAGGAAACUCUGCUUACAGGAACUGGGCGAGUGGUCAUCCUCAGUCAUCACCCUAUGACUGUGUUGUAAUGUGGCAAAGGACAUUGAAUUGGUACUCAGUGCCAUGCAGUGAUUCUCACUACCCUCUGUGCUACAGCACCUUUUCUCGUCCAGUCAACAGCAUCCUCACUACCUUCCAGUACAUUCAGGGGUACAAGAUUCAGACUGAUGCUCGGACAGCUUGCAGAGGAAAUUACAUCGACCUCGUCACUCUGUACUCUGAUGAAGACAACACUAAACUGUAUAACCUGACGAUAGGGGCUGGUGGGGGAGGGAGAUGGCCUGGAUGGAUCGGUCUCUAUCGCGGUCAGUUCAGUGAGAAAUGGUCUAAUGGUGAUCCUGUAACAUUCAGUAAUCUGGCAGGGGAUUGUGGGACAUCGAGCUGUUGUGCUGCUAUGAAGCCUGAUGGUUCAUGGGAAAGUCUUCAGUGCACAGGGACAAGAUACUUCAUGUGCUAUGAAGAAGAUGCUUCUUCACAGACUCCUAAUUAUCAUCUGAUCCUUGAGAAUAAGACCUGGUAUGGUGCUCAGCGUUACUGCAGGGGGCGCUACACUGACCUGGUCAGCAUCAGAGAUCAGCAGCAAAAUGAACUGGUGAAGAUUAAAGGGUUAAACAGCAGCACGUCCUUCUGGAUCGGCCUGCUGCGUGAUGACUGGCAGUGGACUGAUGGAGGAAACUCUGCUUACAGGAACUGGGACUGGUGGAGAGGAGAACCUCGGCCAUCACCAUACGACUGUGUAGAAAUGCACUUAGGGAAAUGGUACUCAGCGCCAUGCAGUAAUUAUUAUUACCUCUCUCUGUGCUCCAGCAGUAAGUAA